AUGAAGGGCAUCGACAUCAUCGGUGGUCUGAAGAUGGUCCAGUCCAUUGGCAAUAUUCUGCCAAUAAACAACCAAGUCAUUGCUAGCCCAUGGCUCGCCCAGGCUCUCCAGACGAAUGCGCGCUUCAAUGAGGCCAAAUCUGAUCUCAGAUUGGCACUGCCGAAUGGCAAUCUCCAAGUCUUUAUCAUGAGACACCACAUGGUCUUUCAGGCGCUGAAAACAAACACCAUGGACAAGUCUACCUCACAGAAAGGUGUGCCUGGAGAUGCGUGUGCCACUGAGGGCCCAGCUGCUCGUGCUGGCGUCAAGGACUCCUUGGAAAGCACCGCCUUUGGAUCUCUGGGAUGGUUUCUCAACGGCGUUUCACGCCCCAAAGAGCUCCCGGUGCCCGUCGCGGAACGCCUUCGCCAGAAAAUCACUGAGUCGGACCCGACCAUCGACGGUGUCACCAUCGAGCGACUUCUCCUGAUUCGCAAGGCCUUGGUUGAGAGUAAGACUGCAGUCGACUCCAAAUCUGCCUUCGUCUUCCUCGACGUGGCAAUUUGUGAGCUUGUGGAGAACAAGGACGAGACUCCAGACUGCCUUCUCGCCCGCGCCAUCAGAGUUUUCAAAGACCUUCUCCACGGAAACACUGUGGAUUGCAAGAGUCUCGCAGAGGGCUAUGUCGAAGUUGCAGCAUUCCGUGCGCAGUUCCGACAUGCGAACAACGAAAUCAUUCGGGCUUGCAAUGAGUAUCACGAUGCGGUCGAAGCGGGAGUGGAUAGAAAGGAGGCGAUGAUCGUGCAGGUCUCGAAGGCGUUUGAUCGGAUUGGAAUGGGUACUUUGCAUCUGCUUUGGGAUGAGGCGAAGGGAUUCUACCCCAAGGAGGAAGCUGCCGAGUUCGGAAGAUCCAUCGCCUCGCUGGACAACUUUCAGGAGAUGAUCGAAGAUCUCAAGAUGCUCAACGAUGGUUACGACUAUGAUGACGAUGAGUCCGAAUGGGUGAAGGUCUAG